AUGGCUGACGCAGGUGACGACGACGAUCUCUUCGCCGAUCUCUACGAUGACACCACCAACAAUGAAGAUUCGGCACCAGCAUCCGCACCGAUCAAGACCGAGCCCGCAGCUCAGGCAUCCGCCGCCGACGAUGACUUCGAGCAACCAGAGCCGGAGCGCAAGCCCGUAAUCGUGGCAGGCAGCACCAACGUGCCAGAGGCACGGAACGACAACAACUAUGGCCCGCCACAAGGUAUGGGCGGUAUGGAUAGCUACCAAGACGGCGGAGACUUCCAAGACUCGCGGCCUGAGGAGCGUCCGAUAGGCACAAAGGAGGAUGGAAAGAUGUUCAUCGGUGGCCUGAACUGGGAGACCACAGACGAGUCACUUAAGAAUUACUUCUCACAGUUCGGCGAAGUUGUCGAAUGCACCGUCAUGCGCGAUGGAGCCACAGGUCGCUCCCGUGGCUUCGGCUUCCUCACUUUCAAAGACCCAAAGACUGUCAACACAGUCAUGGUCAAAGAGCAUCAGCUUGACGGCAAACUUAUCGACCCGAAACGUGCCAUCCCUCGUGAUGAGCAAGAACGCACCGCCAAGAUCUUCGUCGGCGGAGUCUCCCAAGACGCCACCGAAUCCGAUUUCAAGGAGUUCUUCACCAAGUUCGGCCGCGUCCUCGAUGCAACCCUUAUGAUGGACAAGGACACCGGCCGCCCACGAGGCUUUGGCUUUGUCACUUUCGACAAUGACAUGGCCGUUGAACGUACCCUCGAGGGACCACUCUCCAUCCUCGGCAAGCCCAUCGAAGUCAAGCGCGCUCAGCCUCGCGGCAAGAUGGGCGAAGACGAACCACCUCACUCCAAGUUCGGCCGCGGCGGCAAAGGCGCUGGCUGGGGUAACAACAACGGAGGCGGUAACGGCGGCGGCAAUGGUGGCUUCAACCCGAGCCAGAUGGCUCAAGGCGGCGGCGGCGACGCAGGUGGUCAAGCCAAUGGCAUGACACCAGCCAUGAUGGCGCAGUACUGGCAGCGCAUGCAGCAAUACUUCGCCAUGAUGCAGGGCAUGCAAGCCGGCAACAUGGGCGGCGCGGGAAUGAUGAACCCUCAGAUGAUGCAGAACCCCAUGAUGCAGCAGAUGAUGGCACAGAGAGGCAUGAAUCCGCAAAUGAUGCAGCAGAUGAUGAUGCAGCAGCAGGCUCAGCAAGGUCAGGGACAGGGAGGCCAGAGUCCGGGAAUGAACGGCUCUGCUAGCCCGGGUCCUGGCGCUCAGCAGGGUGCUGGAGGCUUCAACGCGCAGGAGCAGAUGAUGUUUGAGCAGCAGAAGUAUGAGCAGCAGCAGCAGGCGAGGAUGAGGAUGGCGCAGGGUGCUGGCGGAGGUAAUGCCUGGGAUGGCAUGUACGAUGAUGAGCCGCAGCCACAAGGUAUGGGUGGAGGUUUCAGAGGUGGUCGCGGCGGUGGUGGGUUCCGUGGUGGCCGUGGAGGAGGUCCGCCUGCCAAUGCCCCCAACGCUCCAGCCGGUGCUCCAACCGGUCCGAAGAAUGCUGGUAGGCCUGGCGCGAACUACAGAGGCGGUGGCAGAGGCAGAGGCAACUCGGGUUUCCAUCCUUAUGCUAGGGGUGGGGGUUAG